AUGUACUAUGCAGAAGAAUAUUCACCUCCACGGAUUCCUUAACUCAAACCCCUUGCUAUUAUUGAAUAGGACGAACUUAUGACUUUGAAAUAAAAAAAAUUGGAAUUGGAACUUAAAUUAAAAUAGAGAGAAUUAGAAAUGAAGUAAAAUCAAAAACAAGAUUAAAAUGAUGAUCAGGAGAACACUAUUUUAAAGAUUCAAUAGACUCAAGAACCAAAAAAAGGAAAAGGAGGAUCGAAAACAAAGUAAACAGGAUAAUAAUAGUAAUAAUCAUAAUCCACUUUGGCAUAAAUGAAGGAAGCUGAAAGAGUUGAAAAUGAAAAAAAAGAGAUGUUAUCAAAAAUAACAUUUUUAGAAAAAGAAAAAAAAGCACUCCAAAAUUAAUUUGAAUAAUUAAAAGAAUCCAUAAGAGCUGAUAAUGUUUAACUUAAGGAAUAAGCUAUUAAAAGUAAGAGUGAAGCUACGACAAUGUAAAAAUAGAAGGAUGAUAUUGAAAAUGAAAAAAAUGCCAUGGUUAAAGAAAAUAGAAAAGUCAAAUAAGAAAUGAAAAUUUGGUAGGACAAAUACAACGAUCUAGUUAAAUCUGCUGCAGAAGCUGAAGCAAGAAUAAAAGCUAAUAAAGAUGUUGUUAAUGAAAGAGAGGAGAAAAUUAAAUGGAUUGAAGAUAGAUUAAAAAAAGAAGAAGAAUAGCAUAAAAAAACUUAGGAAAGAUGCAUGGUCUUAGUUAAUGAAAUCAAUUAAUUAAAAAGAGAAUGUGACAAUUUCAGAAAAGACAAAGAAAGAUUAUUAGAUGAAAUCUAAUAAAUUAAUCAAAAGCAUACUCUAAAGUAUAGUGAUCUAAACGAAUAAGUGCUUCUCUAUUAAAGAGAAUUAAACGAAUAAAAAUUAGGACAAUCAGAAUUUAAGAGAUUAUUGGAUCAAAAGAGCAAUAGAAUUAAAGAUUUAGAAUUUGAAAGAGAAAGAUUAUUAGUUAGAGUUUAAGAUUUGGAUAGAUUAGAACAUAAAUUGGGAGCCAGAGAUAGAGAAAUCAUAGAAUUGGAAGUUGAAUUAGAUAGAGUUAAGAGAAUGAGAGGAACUCAUAUUGUUGAAAAGAUAGUUCAUCCAAUUGGCUAUGAGAUUCCUAGGGAAGUGCCUGUGUAUCCUCCUUAACAAGAUCAUGAUGUUGUAAAGUUGAGGGAAGAUCUUUUGUAUUUGAAAUAAGAGAAAGAAAGAGCAUUGGAUGAAGCCGAAUAUUGGAAGAAUAGAUAUCAAGAUCUAGAAUUAGCAGAAGAUAGAGCUGUUAAUUUAAUGGCACAUCAAAAUAAGAAUGAAUCUGAUCUUAAUGUAAAGUUAUAAGAAGCACGAAGCAUUAUGUUUACAAAAGUCAUGGGUUUAAUUAAUGAUUUGAGUAAAUUAAGAAGAACAUCCAUAUCUAAUGAUGUAAAAGAAGCAAUUGAGCAAGUUCUUAAUAAUCACAAUGAUAUUUUGAAAUACAUAAUGACAUAAUGA